UUCCUUCACUUCACGCUCCAAUAACCAAACCCUAAAUUUUGUAUUCAAUCGCCGCUCACUUUCAAUUUCAUCACUUCAGUAUCACCGGCAGCCAUCGUUCAUCACUUCAGUAUCACCGGCGGCCUUCGGCGUCAACAUCAACGGCCAUUCUUUCACUUCACGUCUAUUCCGUCGUCGUUCAUCUAUUCCGGCCUCGUUCUACCAUGUCACCAAUGUCUUUCCAAAUUGGAAAGACUAUUAUCAGGCAAAAAAAACCUCAUUUUCCCUCCCCUCCCCUCCCCCUGUUAAGUAGAUAUCUGGAACACAGCAUAAAGGAUCACCAAUAAGCAACGCACUUGCUAACCUAGGGGCUAGCCGCCUAUGUGUUCAAUCGACUCGGACUAGGAAAACCACAUCCUACAAUGUUUUGACUCCUGUCUGCCUAGAAACAUUAACGUUCAUAGUGCAGCUCUAACCAUGUAUCGUCGGUUUGGUUUUGUUUUGUAGAAUUUUUGCUGCUAAGGAAUUGAAAUGAAUAAAUUCGUUUAAACCCCACCACUAACAAUCGUUAUAAACCCUAGUUUGCUCCUCCUUCAAUCCACUGAGGUUCGUAUUGCUUCUUCUUUUCAAUCAAUUCUUGUUACUCAAUCGAUUUCUGGUGCAAUUCAUCCCCUCUACAAGCCAUUUCUGAUCCAGUUUAACCGAUCUCACACGUUCUUUUUGCGUCACUUCAGUCAGGCAUUUUCACAAACACCUGUUGGGCACCCCAUGAUCAAAUGGCAAACCAACUCAUUAAACCCUUCAAAAACCCUCACUACCUACCCUCGGUUACACGAUUCAUGACAACAAGCAAACGGGUUCAAGACAGAAGCCAACAGAAACGAGUCCACGCCCUCGAAAUCGCAGUCGAAAAGCACAAAAUCGCCUCCAAAAUCCUCUUUCUAUUAGAAUUAUUAAAGCAAGAACCCGAACAAGUUAUUCCCAUCAGGUCUCUUGAUCAACACAGGCGCCAGCUCAAUCUGCCAAAGCCCCACAAAAUAUCAGACUUUAUUCGCAAAUCGCCAAAGCUGUUCGAGAUGUAUAAGGACCAAAGGGGCACAACAUGGGUCGGGUUAACUGCGAAAGGCGAAGAAUUGGUUGAAGAAGAAGAAAGAUUAAUAGCAGAGAAUGAGGGAAAGGCCGUGGAGCAUGUAACAAGGUUGUUAAUGAUGUCUGUAAACAAGAUUUUACCUUUGGAUAAAAUUGCUCAUUUUAGGAGGGAUUUAGGGCUGCCAUAUGAUUUUCGAAAGCAUUGGGUGCAUAAGUAUCCGGAUUGUUUUCGGGUUUUGAAAGAUGAGGAUGAUGUUGAGUUCUUGAAGCUUGUUUCUUGGAACCCAUGUUGGUCUGUUACCGAAGUGGAGAAGAAAGUUACGGGCAUCACUAAAGCCGAAAAUCAUGUUCCGGGGAGGCUUUCGUUGGCGUUUCCGAUGAAGUUUCCUCCGGAUUACAAGAAAGUGUAUAGAUAUGGUGGGCAGAUUGAGAAUUUUCAAAAAAGGGAGUAUCUUUCGCCUUAUGCAGAUGCGAAAGAGUUGAAAGCGGGGUCGGUUGAGUUUGAUAAGCGAGCGAUUGCGGUAAUGCAUGAGGUGUUAAGCUUUAUGAACGAGAAACGGUUGAUUACGGAUCAUUUGACUCACUUUAGGAGGGAGUUUGUGAUGCCACAGAAGCUGAUGAGGAUAUUGUUGAAGCAUUUCGGGAUCUUUUAUGUUUCGGAAAGAGGGAAAAGAUUCAGUGUGUUCUUGACGGAAGCGUAUGAUGGGUCGGAAUUGAUUGAGAAAUGCCCGUUGGUUGUUUGGAAGGAGAAAGUUGUUAGCCUUACUGGUUAUAGAGGAAGGAAGAAAAGGAUUGAGACUUUUGAUGACAUGGAUGAUUUCGUUGAUAAUGAUUUGUUCGAGAGUGAUUCAGAAGAUGAAAACACUAUUUGGAUUGACCGAUCGCUCAAAGAAGAGGAUGAUACGACGAGUGAUGUUGAAGAUGAGUUGGUUACACAAAUCUCUGAGAUGGAUAUUGGAGAAGUUCAGAAAGCUUAUAACGAUACGUAAUAAACAUCCCGAGGUUAUAAAUCUUGUGUUUUCUUGCACCUUUAUUAUCUUUUGUUUAUCAUUAUUUAACAUACUUGUAAGCUCACUUUCUACCUUUAUUGGAUCAUAACGGAUUAUUCAUUAGUCGUGCAUACUUGAAAUAAUUAGAGUACUAUUACUGACUGUUAGUUGGUUUCUUUUUGUAGAGAAAUUAUAGUUCUUGUAGUAAUGCAAAAGCGAAAUCUUUUAUGGUGAUCACACUUUUUGGCCAUGAAUCCAUGAUAUCUUUCUAGGGGUGUGAUACAUACCCGGUUCCUAUGAGAGUUUAUUCAAGGCGAAAAAAAUCAAAUGGAGUCGGGUCAGCCCAAGGAAACUCACUGGAGCAGCUUUGCACUAUUUACGGGCCCCGGUUUGACCCAUUCAAACCUGAUCAAGAACAUGAGGAGAUAAAGGGGCAAGGAUGGUGUAAAGUCUGGUAAUUAUGAGGGAGAUAGUAGGGUGGGGAUGCUGAAAAGAUGGAUGAAAUUAAAUGUUUCAUCAGAGUUUGCCUUUAAAUAUUUUGACCGGUCUUUAUCGCUUUAUGUUAGCAUCGAUGAAAUUGGAGGUUUUAUGUUAUCAAUAUCAUCGAUGAAAUUGGAGGUUAUGGUUGUAUCUGUACGUACAAAUCUCGGAUUGAUUUGUAGAUUAUGCAGGAUUAGAUGAUUAUUGUUGUUAUCCUUUGGAAGUUGGAUCCCUAAUUACUUCAUUAUCCUCUAGAAAACAAUUUUUUUAUGUUGAGUUUGUCAUGUUACUAAGUAACUAAAAUUGCAGAUGAUUUUACAGUGAAUCCGAACAGAUUAUGUAGGUCGUAUAUCCAGAGGUAUGCUUUCUGUGUGUCAGUUCUAACUCAGGUUACUGGUAUUUUUUCCGUUUAAUCGUAAGAUUUAUCAAAACCGUGAUCUCUUUUUGCCUGUAUUUUAAAUGUCAUGGUCCUUUAAUCUGUAUGACGUGGUUAUUAUACCCUCUAAAACGUAUCUUUUUUUUACAAAAUGCUUAUUAAAUUCCACUAUCAAUUGAUUAAUUAGAGUUGAUGAUAGACACAAUGAACGAUUAUAGGACCUGAGAACACAGAAUUACAAAAUGAGUAGGGUUGAUUGACUUUCAAGAGGUCGAUAGACUCUCCAUUGAUGUAUUUGUGGACUAUUUGUUUUUAUAAAUCAUAAGAUUGAUUUGGGAUGAAUUUUAGUAAAUUGUUAACUGUACAAUCUUACUAAUAUCUAAUAAUGACUUUUGUAGUAAAUUCUGAUUGUGGAGUGCGGUCAUUUUUGCUUGAGAAUAUGUCUACCAGACGAACGGAAGAGAUGCCGAUGGUAUAUGGUACGAAUAUUGGCACAGUGACCUGGAUGGUGUGAGACGGGAGAACCUCCCGCAAUGGCAUAACCUACAGGUUGGUUGGGAUGAAGCAACCACUGGUGUAAUCGUGUAUCGAUUUGGAAGACUGAGCCCGUAUUACUGCUUCUUUUUUUGUUUUCUGGCAGAUAAUAACUUCACUGGAACCCUACUAAAUACUUUAUCCUCUCUAACCCUAUUGUCUUCCUUGUCUCUAAAUGAUAACAACUUGUCGGGAGAAAUCUGGUUCGUUCAAUGAGUGGGAGUAAAAACUUUCCACAUGGUGCGUCAAUCAGGGACUUGAUUAUUUCAUGGGGUGCGUUCAUUUACGAACAACUUAUUGGGUUGGAUGACGCGCCUAACAGUAUUGAUAAGCCAUUUGUUGAACUACCCGCGCUUGAUGCUUUAAAGGAUGAAAGCAAGAAAAUUGAAGAGUUUGCAGGGGAAAAAAAUCCGUCUGGUGGAUAGAUGAAUGCACAAUGGAGUCGGGCCUAACUAUGUAUCCACACUUGUUAGAGGAACACCCGUAAGUCAUCUGGGCAUCCGCGCGUUGCGGCGCAGUCAAUAAUACGGGACGGAAACUUGAUCCAAACCUUAUCUAAUACUGUUCCGUUGGUUAAGUACUGGAACAGUUCCGACACUUAUGUUUAAUGAAAACAAAAGACAACAAUGUAAAUAAAAAUAGUAACGAUUCUCUAUUUAGUUCUGGUAUGAAUUGGAGCACAGACCAGACUACGACAAUAUAGUUGACACUCAAGUUUGGCUGAAAGGCUUUUUUAUAUCCUCCAGCAUGGAUUCUGUGUGUUGCACAAACAUUGGUGCAUUAAAAUCCUCUUCAAGAUCAAUAAUACUGCAGUCUUCAUUGUUGGUUGCAA